AUGAUAUUUGCCCAACAAGAAGAUAAAGUCGUUCCAUUUAGUCAUGAACAUCAGUAUAGUCAUAAAAGAUAUUUAGACCUUUUAAAGCAAGAUUUUUUACAACGUUACGCAAAUCCACCAGUGCGAGAGCCUAAGACUGUGGAUGAUUUUGAUACAGUUGCAACAUUAGGUUUUGGUGCAUUUGGUACCGUUCUAUUAGUUCGGGAUAAAUCCACUUUUGAGUAUUACGCAAUGAAGGCUUUAGAGAAGGCUAACGUAAUUAAGAAGAAGAACGUAAAGCAGCUGUUACAGGAAAAGAAGAUAUUAGAAAGUGUCUCGUUUCCGUUCGUUCUUAAUUUAGAGAAUAGUUUCAAGGACAACGUGUACGUCUUUCUCAUAACGCCCCAUUUAGCUGGCGGCGAGAUGUUCAGUAUAUUAAAGAAGCUGGGUAAUUUAUCGGAACCCUUAUCACAAUUUUAUGCUGCACAAAUGGUGCUAGCGUUAGAGUAUUUACAUCACUGCAGUAUAGUACACAGGGAUAUUAAGCCUGAGAAUAUAUUUCUAAACGAAUCGGGUUAUAUUACGCUAGGUGAUUUUGGUUUCUGCAAAAUAAUACGUAGUAGAACUUGGACAAUUUGUGGUACGCCCGAAUAUAUUGCUCCCGAAAUAAUUUUAUCGAAAGGAUAUACAUUCUCCGUCGAUUGGUGGUCUUUAGGUAUACUUAUAUAUGAAAUGAUCGCUGGAUAUCCGCCAUUUUAUAGCUCAGAUACGAUGAAAAUGUACGAGAAAAUCUUGGGUGGUUCGUUCAAGUCACCCGAAUGUAUGACCCCUACUUGCAAGUCAUUAGUGAAGAGUCUUUUGGAUGUUGAUCCAAUGAAGCGUUACGGGUCUUUGAAAGCUGGUGUAUACGAUAUAAAAAAGCAUGCCUGGUUUAUAGAUAUCGAUUGGCAUACAGUGCUUCAUCAGAAAAUGUUUCCACCGUUUAUUCCGGUAUUUCGGGCGUUGGAAUAUCCAGCUGAGAUGGCGAAACAAGAGUAUCUAAGAGACCGUUUGCUCACGCAACGGUGGAAUUUGAUACGAGCAGUGUCAGAUUACAAUUUUAAUGGCACUGAAGUUGUGAGCAUGGAGAAAUUGCUCAGCGACCAGCUAUCUAUCUACGAAAAAGUUUUAGAGGAAGCUUCCGGUAGUGGCCUGUCGUUGGAAAUUGAAAAUAAUUUCCCACCCUUAGAAGAGAAAUGGAGUAUUCUGCAAGCUGUUUUCUUUGCCUCCACUGUUCUCACCACAAUAGGUUAUGGCAAUAUUGUACCAGAAACAUUCUGGGGGAGGUUGUUCUGCAUCAUUUAUGCGCUAGUUGGUAUUCCCUUAACGCUCACCGUUAUUGCUGAUUUGGGCAGAGUUUUCGCAACAUGCGUGUCCGUUAUAGCUAAACACUUACCAGAGAUGCCAAAAUGGUGCAGCCGCGUAUCUGAAGCUAACCCAGCAGGCCAAAAAUCGCUGUACGCCUUCUGGGCUGUAGGAUUCCUAUUUGUUUAUCUAUCCGCUGGUGCUGGUUUAUUCAAGAUGUGGGAAGACGAUUGGACGUUUUACGACGGAUUUUAUUUCUGCUUCAUUACUAUGACAACUAUUGGUUUUGGCGAUCUCGUUCCAAAAAGGCCAAAAUACAUGUUGCUAUGCACGUUGUAUAUAUUAAUCGGUCUGGCACUAACGUCUACUAUUAUCGAGCUGGUCCGUAGACAAUACGCUCGCUCCUGGCAGCAAUUGCGGGCUCUCUCAGGCCCCUUGGCAGACACAUUGCGAAGACUUGGCGACGCCGGUCGUGGAGUCGACGUGUCUGCGCUACACGACCUACGGAAAGUCCUAACAGUUGUGAGUAGCAAAAACUAA